AUGGCUAGUGUUGUCGAGAUUAUCUUUCUAGGAACUGGCACAUCCAGUUCAGUGCCCACUAUAGCUUGCCUUACGAAUCCAGACAAAUCUUGCCCAGUUUGCCUAUCAUCUCAAACACCCGAAGGACGCAAGAACAGUAGACGAAAUACAUCCAUGAUUGUACGCUUUCGAAAGCAUGAUGAUCCCCGAGAGUUUAGAUUAAGAAAUGUGCUUAUCGAUUGUGGCAAGACAUUUUACACCAGCGCUAUAGAGAUCCUUCCAAAAUACGGAAUCCGCGAGUUGGAUGGUGUGAUUAUUACACAUGGACAUGCUGAUGCUUGCUAUGGUAUGGAUGAUUUACGGGGAUGGACGCUGGGUGGUACUAUUCAGCCCCACAUUGAUGUCCAUCUCUCACCUGAAGCAAUGGAGGUCAUUGGUAGAACAUUUCCCUUUUUAGUAGAUGCCUCUAUGGCAACAGGUGGUGGAGAAGUGGCAGAUUUCAAAUACCAUGUGUUUGAUCCAAGCAAGUCCUUCACAAUUGAAGGUCUUGAAUUCACACCUCUUGCUGCUCAUCAUGGCAUUUACUUGACGACAAAGGAACCUUACAUUUGCUAUGGAUUCAGAUUCGGUGGCGUCAGCUAUAUAUCAGACACCAAUUUCAUCCCUCCCCCCACCAUGGAACUAAUGCAAGGAAAAUCAAGGGUGUUUGUCGUUGAUUGUUUAAGAUUGACAAACCCUCAUGCAUCACAUUUUGUAUUGGAGCAAUCAAUAGAAGCAGCUAGACAAGUAGGAGCAUCCAAAACAUACUAUGUUGGAUUUGCUCAUAGAACUGACCAUUAUGCGUUGGAGGCUAAUUUGAAGAAAUUAGAGGUUUCAGAGGGAUUAAAGGCAGCUCCUGCUUACGAUGGUCUGAAAGUGUCAUUAGCCAAACAAGGCGAGCUUGUAGAGUCAUCGUAUUUUGAGCCUACACCUAUUGUCAUCAAAGAGUAA